GCAUGCUCAGAUCCACUCAGACUCUGAUGAUCCUGCGUGUGUUUGUGGUCAGAGUUUAGUUCCUCAGGAGCCUCUUGCAGAAUGAGUUCAGCUGGAGGAGGAUCGGCCCUGCAGGUCCACGCCGUGCGGUUCGGUCCAGGUCAGGAGCUGUUGGGAUCUCUGCAGGCGUUCGUGGAGGAGAGGCGGCUGAGAGCGCCAUUCAUCAUCACCUGUGUGGGCAGCCUCACCAAGGCGACGCUCCGGCUCGCCAACGCCACAGUGACAAACACCAAUGAGGUGUUGCACCUCAGCGGGCGGUUUGAGAUCGUCUCCCUGGUGGGCACGCUCAACCCGAACGCCCACCUCCACAUCUCCCUGUCGGACAUCGAGGGCCGGACGGUCGGCGGUCACGCUCUGGGGGAUCUGGAGGUGUUCACCACAGCCGAGGUGGUCGUCGGUGAGGCGGUCGACCUGCAGUUCACCAGAGAGAUGGACUUGUACACGGGUUUCCCUGAGCUCGUGGUUCGACCACGGUCACAGACGGACCAAUCACCCUGAUUUCAUUGACUGGAACAGAGUCUCAAGAAAUAGUUACCAUGAAGCUUAAAUCAGUAUCGUCUGAUUUAUAAUAAAAAAAGGUCAAUUUU